AAACGGGAGCUUUGUUUGUCGGGCAAGCAGAUCAUUCCCAGAUUCCUGAUCAUCUGCGCCUCGGCAGCGCCCUAUCGAGAUUCGGGUCGCUAGUGGCUCGUCCCCAUCGCUUCGUCUCCGUCUCGCCCCCACGCUGUCGCCUGUAUCCUAGGGUAGAGGGAGCACCUAAGAGCUCCCGCUCAGGCUUCGCACCGCACUGGGGGCCCACCUUGACCAUCCCAGAAACCCGUCUCUCGCGCCUCCCUCCACGUGCCAUCCACGUGCCAUUCUCGUGACAUUCACGUGUCAUCUACGCCGCAUUCGCGUGCCGCAUCCACGGUCCCCUGCUCCCGAGCCCCACUGCCUGUUCGAUACUACCCGCAUCCGAAAAAACUGCUGAAACCCAUUGCUGUACCCCUUAUUUUGUCAUGCCUCGUUAUAGUCACUUGGUAGCACCAACCGCGUGAGCUUCGGAUAGGCCGUACGCCCGCCUCGAUAACGUCGCUCCUUAUAUCGCAGCAAUACUCGUUGGAACAACGAGCCUUACAAGACUUCCCUUCAGUAUCACCCUUGCGAGGUCGCAUCGUUAACCUUCCCCGGAUGUCGCCUGCGACUAGCUUUCUGCGACAAGCAGCGCGCUCCGUACUCGCCCGGCCGGCCAAUGCCACGUCAGCAGCAGCCACGUCAGCGUUGCGUGGCAUCGCGACCGCCACUGGGAUGGCUCCGGGCAGCAGUCUGGGCGCAGGGGGGGAGGCGGGAGGCGCGGAACCUGCGACAGCUGUAGCUUCCCAGCCGUUGGCGGAAGGGGAAAAGUUCAAGGUGCUCUUCUGUGGCGAUGAGUUCCCCGAAGCCUACACCUACUCAGCCGAGCUGCUACACCAAGAGCCCAACAUGGAAGUUUCCUGGCACCCGCGUGGCGAGAUCCCUCGGCGAAUCAGAGACUGCCACGUCGUCGUGCCGCGGAUGACCCGCCUGGACGCGGGAACCAUCGCAGAAGCUUCCAAGCUGCAGCUGAUAGUGCAGUUUGGGGUGGGUUUGGAGGGGGUUGACGUGGCAGCAGCAACGGAGAGGGGGAUCAGAGUGGGGAGAAUACCGAGUGCUGACACGGGCAAUGCUGUGUCCUGCGCCGAGCAUGCCAUAUACCUCGCCCUGGCACUUCUAAGGAAGCAGAAGGGAAUGCAGGAGUCCGUCCAGCAGCAGCGGCUGGGCCAGCCCAUCGGGCAAACCAUCUUUGGCAAGUCGGCGCUAAUAGUGGGCUACGGUGGGAUUGGAAAGGCACUUGCUGCAAGGCUGCGGGCGUUCGGAGUGACGUGGAUGGGGGGAGUGAGAAAGGGUUGGGCGGGCGCUCACGGGAGGAAAGGCGAAGGCAAGGACGAGCCAGAUGGGCUGCUGGACGAGUGGGGGGGUCCCGAGAGCCUCCAGGGGAUGCUGCCAGUGGCGGACCUUGUCUUUUUGUGCUGCCAGCAGACAACCGAGACUAUUGGGAUGGUCGACGCUGGCUUCCUCACAGCGAUGAAAAAGUCGGCCAUUUUGAUCAACGUGGCAAGAGGGGGUCUCCUCCACUACCCCUCCAUCCACCAAGCGCUCGAGUCGGUUUCGCUGGCGGGCCUUGGGAUUGACGUGGCGUGGCAAGAGCCCAUUGACCCAUUGGAGCCCCUUCUGAAGCACCCUAACGUUAUAGUCACACCGCACAUUGCGGGCGUUACUGAGGUGUCCUACCGCAGAAUGGCUCAGAUUAUUCACCAGACUGUUCUUCAAGUUCGAAAUGAGGAGACACUUACCCAUGUGGAGCUCGUCAACUAGUCAUGUUGCAGGCAGAUUGACGGCAGCAGAAGCUAGGCUAUUUCUCAGCUAAAUGUGUUGUAGUCCCCCAACUACGUGGUCGUGGAAAGCCUUUAUGAGUUGAUUGGUUCAAAUUUGAAGCAUGGUAACUAUCCAG